GAAUUUGAAUAGAAAGAAAAUGACGUAUCGUAAUAAUUCAGCUGUCAGUGCCCGAAUGACGGAGUUCUUCUGACACAUUUGACUUCAUUUGUAAACAGAGUGAGCGGAGUAUUAACUAGAGGGGAGGCGGAUGGUUAAAACCGGUUUGAAAACACAAUUUCUUAUCCUUCUUCGCUUACUAAAAGGAGGUUUCAGCACGUUACGUAGCAACCAGACCCGCUUCCUGCCUGUUCUUUUUGUGCAGAUCUAUGCUGCAGACGAUUGGCCCUGUUCGCAAAGUAAACUACAUAAUUUAUGGAGAAACUAAAUCUGCCACAGACGCCAUAUGUCAAGAGAGAGGAGGAAUACCGUAGCUGUUUGAAGGUAGUGUCGAGCAUGUCCGUGGCGUGGAUCUUUUGAAGCUGGAACUAGUGACUUCUGAUUGUGACGGACCAGUUCAGAACCAUCCAGGAGCGCAGCGCUGUCAGUGCUGGAGGACACCUCAUCAGAAAGCAGUGCUGUCAGCAGUAAGGAUGCAGUCGAGAGCAAGACUAGGAGCAGUACAGCUCAUGUGUCGGCCCAAAGACCAAACACCAUGCACGACGAGCCACCUGUAAAGCAAGAGAUCGAGGAUCUGGGAGCAAAUACCAGCGAUGAAGAUCAGGAGGAUCUCCCUUACGAUGGUGACCUUCAAAGCCCCUAUUUCAACCACACAGCUAGCCCUUUGGAAAACUCAGACAGAGCUAAUGGAAGUCCAGAUCCGUUGUCUGAGUUGUUGCGAGACGAUAUGAAAACCAAACGUGACAACUCUCAUGAAGCUCCCAAGCCUGUUGAAGAAACUCCACCGCACCCUGUUCCUGCAGACAUUCACCGCUUGCUGCUGCGACACUUCUCAGAGCAGGAGCUGCUGCAGCCAGGUGGGCUGAUUGAGGCGGAGACCCUCCCGGAGGUGUCCCUGCUGGAAAGCGUGGAUGGCAGUGCCUUUAGCUUGGCUCCAGCACGCAAGAGUUCAGCAAGUCAAAAUAACAAAUCUGCAUCUGAAAAUGAAAGCUUAGAAGGAAAGACAGAGAAGGAAACUAAUAAUUCAUCAGCUGACCAAAAUGCACCCAGCUCAGGAAGUUCAAACCAGACCAGCAGGGACGUUGGUGCCGACGUGUCGAACCAAGAAGAUGCAGAGGAGGAUGACCCGGUUCUGAGAGCCCCGCUGGUGCGUGCACGAUCCUUCAGUGAGAUGAAAUACGGCCAGGGUCAAGUUCAUUACCCUCUCCCAGACUUCUCCAAGGUUGCUCCUAAGGUGAUGUUCCCCAAACGUCCAAGUGGGCCAGCGAGAUCUGUUCCUCAGUGUCCUAACCCCAUGCACAGAGCCCAGUCUUCCCCGGGGACGUUAGAGGUGAUCAGCAGARUCCUGGAGGAUUCCAUCCAGCUUCCAGAGAAGCCCUAUGUCUUCACAGACUGUGACCAGUCAACUCAACCAGCUCUGGUGCAUCACCUGCAGGCUGAAUAUGACAGAUUAUUGACCAAGUAUGCAGAGGCAGAGAACCUCAUCGAUCAAAUGAGACUAGGAACCAAUGUAGGCAACGAGCCUUCUUCAGAUGCAGCAUUUAAUUUGGAGUAUAAUGAUGAUGAUGAGCAGGUUGAGUUUGAUGAAGAGAGUCCCGUCAGACACUUGGUUUCUCAUCUUCCCUCAUCAGAAACGACUCACUCCACACCCAACAAAGAGGCGAGCACGCUUUCCUCAGACCGACACGAAGAGAGUCUCAGUGACGGCGAGAAGAUGACUGCUGAGCUGAGAGACGUCGUGGGUCACUUCACGCAGAAGGUUGAGGAUUUGAAAGUUAUUGUUAGCGACAUGGCUGCGAGCACAGCUGAACAGCAGAUGAUGUUGAGGARCAUGAUGGAGGCUCAGGACCAGCUGGAGAGGAAAUACAUCAGUAAGAAGGAGGAGCACAGAGCCUUGGAGAUGCAGAACUACAUGGGCCUUUCCAGGAACACAGGAGCCUUCGACCCAAACAGGCUCGUAGAGGGAGACAUAUUCAGGAUAGGAAUGCUCCUCGAGGACAUAAAGGAGAUGAUUGACAAAAACAAGUUCGAGCAGAUUUCUCCCCCUCAUUCUUCGUCCACUCCCACACUCACAACCCCGCCACUGCAUGCAAAGCCCUGUCCACUUCCCUUUGACUCACCUUCACUUCCACCUUCCCUGCAUGAGGGUUCAAGUGCAGGCUUUGAAACAAACCUGCAGGAGGAGGAAGAGCUGGUGGAGGCCGGCAACGAUGGAUUAAACCAAAGCAGGGGUCCUGCAGACGUUGGACGUCACAUCAAUAUUUACCGGGACUCGCUGGGCUCUUUGGAGGGACAGCGCUGGAGAACAGCAGGGGACGAGGAAGGCCCGGAAGAGGAGGGGAGCUCAGUUCUGUCAGAGGGGAGAGACGUCUUAGCAGCACACCUGACAGAAACCAGGUCGGCAUCAGAGCAGAGGCACCAGGUCACUAACAGUUCCCUGAAUUCAACCCAUGAUUGUGAUCUGGGCGAUUCYAUGAGCCUGGCGGUGGAGGUCUCCUGUUCUUCUCAUCUUCUGAGAGGCUCCGACAUCCACAGCAGCUCAGAGCCUCCCGUCAGCACCUCUUCUGUUUUACAGAGGAUUGUGAGUCCAGAGACAGACAGCGGAUUUGGAAGCUCCUAUUUGAACCARUCAGCCUCUGGAGCGUUUCAGUCUUUCCUACUAACAGGAAGUGUUCCAUCUGAUGGGUUAAGUGGAUCUGACAGCGAAGCUUCYUGCUCCAACCUGAACACAGCGAUCCAUUCAGCCCUCCCAUCUGUUCAGACGCAGCUCUGUGGAGYAGCGGUGGAGCUGUGGGUGGAGAGCACAACUAAGGAGCCAUCGGUCAGGCCUAGAGGAGCUGUGCAGAAGCYACCAGCGCGGCUCCAACACCACCUUUCUGAGCCUGUCCUCAGCACCGGCAUGGGAUCUGUGGACCGGCACGGCCCUCUGACCUCCUGCUCCUGCAACAGUGAGGCCUUCCUGGCCUUGCAGACUGAGGUGUCCAGGCUGAAGCAGGACCUGGAGGAGGGCCUGGUCCAGCUGCCUCACUUAGCACAGAGGAUGGACUACCUCACCUCCAAAUACAGAGAGGAACGUCAGGAACGCAGGUCCAAGACCAGAGCACACCGAACACUAACUUCCAGCAGUGAGUGGAAGUCAARCAGCAGAGGAGUGAAUAAUCACAUUUCCAGUCAGAUGAAAAUAGAGGACUGGAUUUCUUCAGACAUGGACGCCAGCAGGAGCAAAGGUACAGACAGUGCAGAUGGAAGCUGCUCAGAGAUCAUGUUGGAAGAACGAGUUUCGACUGCAGGAAGCAGAAAACAUGGUGGAAAUCUUSGUUCUCUGCCUGACUUUGAAGUCAGAAACUCCACUUUAAAAGAAGAGAAAGACUGGAUCUGUGAAAGUUUUGUCAACCAAAAAGCACAAGGCUUCAAGAGCUUUAAAGCCAAAGAUCGGUGGUCUCUUCUCUCGACUCCCUCCUUUCAGAAGCCCCUYCUCCAGGUCAACUAUGGCUCCUCCAGCAGCCUCCCUGCCAGUUAUAAGGUGGGGGAACCACAGCUGCAGUUUGUCUCCUGUCGGAGAAAACCCUCCACCCAGUCUGACUCAGCACUCCUGCCCAGUAACGUGCUCUUCCAGCAGACACUGUCCCCAGUCUCACCAGCUCCCAGGACUAUCAGCAAGACAAGCAGACGUAGAGGGAAAAAGGAAGAAGACAUGAGCAGGACUUUGGACCAGGCUAUUGAGGUUGCCCGCAGCAUGAAGAAAACCACAGACCGGAUGGCCAGGAGACUCUCUGCUGACCUGGCCAAGGCUCAGCUGCACAGAAAGCUCUGCAACAUGCAGCCACUAGGGGGCAGAAAACACCAGACUUUCUAACACCCUGAGUUUACAGCACUUUCCCUGCUCUCAUCCAUCAAACCUGAGACUGAGACACAUGCAUCACAUGGCAAAAAUCUCUGCUUUUGAGUUAUUUACAAAUAUACAUCAGUAAAUAUACAUCCUUUUAGUUCAGAUUUAAUUUGAUAACUGACAAGAAAACUCUAAAACUAAGAUUUCAACUUUAUAAUCAUAAAACCUGACAAUUUUGUAAGAUAUUUUUUUAGACAUCAUUAAGUUUCUGUGGAAUGGGCUUUUGUUUUAUAUGUGAUGUCUGUUGUUUAUUAUUUAUUUGGAACUAACCCAAUACACCAUCUAAACUGUC